AUGUCGGUAGUUCGAGUCCAAUCUCAAAUAUGCCAUGGGAUAUCUGAAUAUGAUCAAUGUUCGUCGAAUAGUGCAUGUGCAUGUUUCCAUAUGGCAGGUGCUAAUAACACUGGUAUUUGUGGGUUUCAAUGGGUGACUUGUUCUGAAUUACGUGCAUGUGAACACACAACCAACCAUUGUCAUGAAUCUGAUCAUAUAUGUAUUCGUCAUCCUCGAUGUCAUAAUCAUCCUGUCUGUUAUCCUGUGUCGAUGAUCGAUCAACAAAUUUGUCCACCAAUAACAAUGAUUCCUAAUAUUCCAGCCAAUGCCCGAUGGGCACAGAAUGGAGUGACUGUUGCUGGAGGCCAUGGACUAGGCAAUGCCACCAAUCAACUGUACUGGCCUUUGGAUCUCUUCGUUGAUAAUGAUCAAACACUGGUCUUCGCUGACCACGACAAUCAUCGUAUCAUCCAAUGGAAGAUGGGUGAUACGAAUGGACAAGUAGUAGCUGGUGGUCAUGACAAAGGAAAUCGAUUGGAUCAAUUGAAUCAUCCAAGCAAUGUAUUGAUCGACAAAGAGACGGAUAAUCUCAUUAUUUGUGAUGGAGGAAAUCGACGAGUCGUACAAUGGUCUCGUCGUAGUGGCACAACUCAAGGAGAAAUCCUCAUCGACAACAUCUAUUGUUGGGGAUUAGCCAUGGACGAUCGGAGAUAUCUCUACAUCUCUGACAGCUUCGAACAUGAAGUAAGACGAUAUCGAAUAGGAGACAAGAAUGGAACUAUUGCGGCUGGUGGCAAUGGCAAAGGUGCUGGUCUCAAUCAACUCAACUAUCCGACCUACAUCUUUGUCGAUCAACAACAGGCUGUCUAUGUGACAGACAAAGACAAUCAUCGUGUGAUGAAAUGGAAUAAAGGUGCAAAAGAAGGAAUUGCCGUCGCUGGGAAUCAAGUCAAUGGGGUUGCUCUGACACAGUUGUCGUAUCCUCGACAACUGUUCGUCGAUACACUGGGUACCAUCUAUGUGGCAGACUCUGGAAAUCAUCGAGUGAUGCGUUGGCCUAAAGGAUCGAAACAGGGCACUGUCAUUGUUGGUGGAAAUGGUGAAGGAGCAAAAGCAAAUCAGUUGAACAGUCCCUGGGGUUUGUCCUUCGAUCGACAUGGCAAUCUCUAUGUCGCCGAUCGGUCGAAUAAUCGUGUUCAGCGAUUUUCUUUCGAAUAG